AUGGCAGAACCUCUUAGUGCCAUGGAAGUUCAAAUUCGUGAAGCCCAAGAGGCCCGUGAUGCCUUUAUGCAAGAGAAGGAGACACUCCUUGUUAAGGUUACGGAACUUGAAGGUAGGCUUGCGACCAAUACUCCUCUUCCUCAGGACCACGUUGUUGCCACCCCGUCAACCACCCCUGGUCCUGCUAUGGCCUCUAACCCUUCAGCAGCUUCUGACACUCCUGCUCCUGAAGGAGUCAACAUUCCUGUAGCUUCAACCGCUCGUGACUCUCUUGAGCCAAAGGUAGCUACUCCAGAUCACUUUUCUGGAGCUCGUGCCAAGCUUGAGACCUUCUUAACCCAAGUCAAUCUGGUCAUGCAUCUUCAACCUAGACGCUUUGCUUCAGAAAACUUCAAGGUAAUCUACAAUAACAACAAUAAGGCCAAUAACAACAUUAAUAGGAAGAAAGAUGACUCUCGUCAAAAGAAUGGUAAGCUCACUCCUGAUGAAUAUACUAGGAGGAAAGAUGCUGGGUUAUGUCUCUACUGUGGCAGUGACAAGCACAAGGUAGACAAGUGUGACUCUAAAAAGUCAAAGGACAAGCCAACUACUCGAGGCAACGUAGCUUUGACUGCACCCAUUGAGGAUUCGGGAAAAGACAACACACCCAAGGCAUCAGCCUAG